UUCCCUUUUCUCCUCCCCUCCUCCCUCCACUGUCUACAACAAGUUUUCCGGCCAUGCUGUCCACUUUUCCGGCCAUGCUGCCGUCCGAUCCCAUCUUCGACAACCCUUUCCUGUCGUUUGGGAACGGGUUCCCCCCGUGGGACUGCCCGGACCUCUUCCCGGCUGUCCAAACACCACCAGGAACCCUCGAUUCGAGCUCCGGCUCCGAUGGCCCGAACCCUAACCAAGACAACCCUUCGAACUCGAACUCCUCUCAGACCUCGAGCGAGAAAAACAGGGCCUCUCCUGUGGUGGACGAGCGGAAGCGGAGGCGAAUGAUAUCGAACCGGGAGUCAGCGAGGCGGUCCCGCAUGCGAAAACAAAAGCACCUCGAGAACCUGCGGAGCCAGUUGAACCGGCUGAGGGUCGAGAACCGGGACCUCACGAACCGGCUGCGUCUGCUGCUGUGUUACGUCCAUCGCCUCCAGAUCGAUAACGACCAGAUGCGUUCGGAGCACGUUAAGCUCCGGCAGAAGCUAUCGGAAAUAUGCCACGUCAUGCUUUUGCAGCCGCAACUGCACCAGCAGCAUGGCCAUGGAACGACGUGACUGUUAAUCUUACGUCGGAACGAAUCCCAUCAUAAAUCGCGUAAUUCAAGUGCUAUAUAGCUUAAUAAACUCAUUUAAACUACUCAAGAAGAACUCUCUCUCUCUCUCUCUCAAGCUGCUAGAGCAGAGGGUACUUGGGGUGUUAAGUGAUGAUUAAUUUUGGACAAACUAGGGGUAUUCGUCAAAAACGGUGUCGUUACUUGUAAGAUUGGUUCUUGUAGUGAUUGGUUCAUUAAAUAUUUAGUAGUGGUUCGAGUU